AUGAAAGUGGUCGGGAAAGGGAAUUCAACAUAUAUGCAAGUGGAGACACCAAUAGAUUUAGGGGUGCCAAAUAUUGUUUAUUCUGAGGGUUUUACCUAUUCAAUGACAAUAUCUAGCAAAGGGACAAAACUACUUUCUGAGAAGAUCCAAAGUGUAUUUGUAGUUGUUGAUCUUUCAGACAACAAGUUCAGAGGUGAAAUUCCAGAAUCCCUUGGAAGUCUCAGUGGACUUCAAGCUCUAAAUAUUUCCGAAAACAACCUCAUUGGCAUCAUCCCGUCAUCCUUUGCAUAUUUGGCGGACCUGGAAUUGUUGGACCUAUCUCAAAAUCGACUCUCAGGAGAGAUCCCGCGCCAACUAACCAAACUCACUUUCCUCUCAAUCCUAGACGUUUCUCAUAACCGUCUCACUGGCCCCAUACCUCGAGGUAAACAAUUCGAUACAUUUGAUAAUAGUUCAUAUGGUGGGAAUAUGGGAUUGUGUGGUGUCCCCCUGACAAUGUUAUGCGAGAAUUCAAAAACGUCACCCGCACCACCACCGGCACACAGCUCGCAAGGCGAUGGGUUAGAGUUUUCGAGGGGUAUCUACUGGAUGGUCAUAAUGAUGGGAUAUGGGAGUGGGCUGAUAGUUGGGUUGGUUGUCGGGCAGACGCUCACCACGAGGUAUCAUGAACAGUUUGUUGCAAUCUUCGAAGGGGCAAAGAAAACUCAAAAGAGGCAGAAAAGGAAGGGGCCAAGAAACUAA